AUGGCGGAGGCAGUUGUUGAAAAAUGCGAUUUCCUAUCUCCAAAAUUAAUACAUUCCUUGCUCGAUACUGCCCUCAAGUGCCCAAACCAACAUCAGAAUGUGGUCAAAGAACUUCUUCAUGUCUUCAAAGAAACGGAUAUUACUUUAAAGUGCUUGCGGACUACACUGGCAUUUCACAAAUCUUUGCGACCUGCUGCUGUUUUUAUCCUAGAACGAAGACUCUUGGCAAGUGGUAUUUUGCAUGGAGAGAACAUGGCUAAACCAUGCUUAUCUUCUCUGUUGUCUCGGAUUUUGUUUGGAGUGGUGUCUGCUUCAUCCACGGAAUGCGCUGACUAUUGUUCGAGCGUCUGGAUAGAGAGGUACUUGGAGCCCCAUGCAAACAGACGCAACAUGUUGGCCAGCAACUCCCAACGUUGUUGGAUGUUACAUGUUGCGUCCGUUUGCACACCCUGUCCACUUAAGAAAGCAGUCAAAAAUAGGGUACAAUACCUGUCGCAUGUUGUUGCGCAAAGUUUGAAACCGGUGAAACGUUAAGCUACGUGCAAAGGGACGGUCCAACAAUGUUGGGAGUUGUUGCGUCCGUUUCCACGUUACGGUCCACGUUACUAGCUCAAGAUUUUAAUUGGAAUCAUAUAACAAAGGGUAUCCAGUCACUUCGUUCCAUGGUCAGAUAGUUCUAAGCCAGAUCGUUCCACUUAGUAGUCAGAUCUUUCCACAAUAUAGUCAGAACUUUUCACGUGUCGUUAAGCCACGAGCAGAAAUAAGGACGUUACUCAUUUGUAUUCCUCGUUCUUUAAGCUAAGAAGCCAAAAGAAACGUGCUUCACAUCGAGUUUUACACUGAAACAGAGGGGUUAAUGGUCUUUUCGCGACUAAGUCAUUUUGCUGCAUCGUAAAGUUGAUUUGCUGCAACCAACUUUUUCUUUAGAACCCUUUUAAAACAAUUUAGAAUGAACUAAGAGAAUGGUACAACUGAGUGACCCUAGGUCCUAGAAACUUAUUCUGUUUGUAGUAUUAAAAUUAAUGUGCUGAGACUGACAUGUAAGAUUUUUACAAUAAAAUGUUCUGAGCUCAACUUUUUUCAAAGUCUCCUUUUGGCGACCUAAAAUUGUAAAAUGGUCACCAAACAUGAAACAUCAGUUCCCAGAAAAAAGAGACAUAUUGUGCAACACUACAUGAAUGUUUGAAAGAAUCAAAAUGGAACCCCCCACCAUCGCAAUCGAAUUUAGAGGUGCAUGCUACAUCUCAAGGCUUAAUACCCAGAGAGCCAGGCUUCUCAAGGGAAAACAUACCUAACAGCUUUCCAUUAAACAGGUGAAAGGCACGGCUUCUGAAUGGGUUGCAAAAGGCUCAUUCUUCUGUUUGAAUGGGGUCAUUAAACGGCUGAAUGGAUUUUUAAGUUUUUUGAACGGCUAACACGAAUGUGCGAACGGCUCACUCACCCUGUUCGAACGGGUUCAUCAAACGACUGAACAGGUUAUUAAGUUUUUCGAACGGGUAACAUGAAUGGGCGAACGGCUUACUUACCCAUUCGAACGGCUCAUCAAAAUUUCCAAACGGGUUCCUAAAAUGACUGAACGGCUCACUCUGACAAUUAUUUCUCAACCACACUUCACAACAGGCCAUCCAGUUUCUCCUGGAAUGAAACGUCUAUUGCAUUGCAUCGACAAUAACUACUGUUUGCGAAUGCGCAUCUCUAUUUGGGACCAUAAUUUUUCCAAAAACUACAUUGGGAAAAUCCCUUGACUCUGAUGAAAGUUUUAAAACAAGAUGCAUAGCGGUUACAUAAACAACUUAAUAAAUUUUGGUUGAAAGUUUGUGUGACGGAUGAUUGUAGACUUUUUCUAUACUAGAGAGCCUCAGUUAUUUAAGUUUUUUCAAUAUAAACAAAUCAGAAAUUAAAAAUGAGAAAUGUGGAACUUGUUCUCUUUAUUCUCAAAGAAAAAUUAAAGGAAUCGCAUUAAAGUGCAAAUGAAGUGUUUACAUCGAAGUUCGCAUACCAGUAACUCACAUAAUUCUGUGCGCACUAGCUGAAUGCGGGAUUAGAGUGAUUUUACUUGAACUGUGAAACAGAUACUAAUGACCAGUGCAAAAUGACAAGAGAUAUUUCGUUUGUAGCAGUAUUAACAUGCAGAGAGCAGAGCUAUUCAAAGGGCUUCAUUUGGAAUGCGUUCCUCUGGAUUUCAAGUGACAGGGAUGAUCGAAAGAACUGCGGUUUUGGCUUUGAAAUUUUGGAUUUUGGGAUUUUUUUGAGAAGGAAAAUUUUGGCAAGUACUUUUUGGGUAGGUUGAGUUAAGUAGGGAUUUUUUUGGGUAUUCAAAACUGUUUCUAUUUUUUGUGUUAUAUCAUUCAAUGCUUUCUGGAAAUUUUAUGGCUAGGAAAUUCGGCUGGGACUUUUUGGUGGGUUAAAUUUUGGUGGGCAUGCUUGGAAUUGACUAAGCCAUAAAUCAUACUGAUAUUGACAAAGUAAAGAUCAAUACAACCAAACAGAGUUAAAUGUACUCAUGAAAAUAUGAGCAUAACAUCAAAUUUAAACUUUUGAAGUUUUUUCCUUUUUAAGCAGCAAUGGUGAUCAGCUUUAGCAUUUUUUUGCACCAACUCCAAGGUGAAUGUGCUCUACUUUGGGUAACUUUACACUAUGGUUAAUCUGACAUUGUUGAGUACUGGGCAGCACUUCCUGAAUGGUGCGUGUUUAAAUGGAUUGUGUAAAUGAUGUGUUUGUUGGUCUAGUGUCUGUAAUUCAGCUGAAACAUGAAUUCAUUCACUGAUUACUGUAUCUUCUUGCUGGGGCCUUUUCCAUUACCCCUCCCCACCCCCCAUGGCUAACAAAUCAAUGCCUCCCAGUUAUUAGCCUCCACACCAACUGAACAUGACUCCAGUCAAAAUGAUAGGAAUUUUAAAAAAGGGGUGAAGGGAUGGGGAUUCAUGCAAGUUCCAGUGGUUAAAUGAAGCCUGGUGGCACAUGGAGCUGAUGCAAGCAGGCUGACCUUGAACCUGCUGAAACACUGUCUUGUAAGAGACCGCUACAUGAGGGAAAUAUGCUCACUUUAGUUUAAUAAAUCAAGAAGCAAUUUAUAUAGCCUACUUAAAUAUUCACAUUGCCACAUUUUGUAACACUAAUGUUCAUAACAAAUACAACCAUUUACUCAAUGGCACUUGUCACACCUGCCUGCACCACCAAACUGACCGGUGACUGACAACACGAGAUGGUGCUCCUUGUUGUUACCUGCAGUAAAUUUCAUUUAACUGCAUUAAGUUGCAAUACUAUGCCAAACAUCUUUGGUUUUGGACCAAGACAUUUUCAUUUUGUUUUCAGAGUGGAGGAUCAGCAAAAGAGGAAACUGACGGGACCGAUCAAGGUUGAACUGCCGAAUCCUAUGGACUUUAUAAACAAAAAUGACCUGGCGUCAGCCUCUCUUUAUGAACUAACUACAGAGCAACGGCACACCUUAUUGCUGGAAUGUACAGAACUCCUGGACAUAAUUCCUCAUCAGUUUUACUCCAGGGUUAUAGUAGGAUUGUUCUGUUUUGUCAGGUUGUAUGAAUCAUACUUAAGCAAAGAAAAUGAGUACGAUUGUCUUGCUGAAAUUGAAGACUGGACAGACAUGUGGAUUCGCUUGUUAGCCUCAAGUCUUCUUGGAAAAUUCUCUGGUGCUCAACAGGAAACCCAGAUUCAAAGAAACUUUACAACUGACUUUAUUCCACCAGUUCACCACAUUCUUUGUGGAUUAAUGGCUGCUACAGACUCUUUCAAGCUGCUGAAAUCCUACUCCAUCGCUCGCAGAAAGGUUUUGAAAGGAUUGGAUCGAUUGAUACUAAAUAGCUCUGGAUUUACCUCUCUUUGGCUUAAAACUGUGAAAUUUUAUUUUGAAUAG